AUGAUUUGUUCAAAUUUAUCUCUGUUGAGAUAUGUUCAUUUAGUUUAUUACUUUAUAAUAAUAUCAUUUUGCAUUCAUAAUAAUAUUUCUUGUUUUAAUGUGAAUCUUACUAAAACAAAUGAAGAUGCUAAUAUUAUAAGACUUAACAAAUUAAUUUCCAUGAAAAGAAAUAUUUCAAGAAGAAAAUCAGAUGAAUUUAUUAAAGAUGGAAAAGUUAAAAUAAACAAUAAAAUAAUAACAAAUCCAGGUACACAUGUACAUAUAGGAAAAGAUAGUUUACGUAUAUACGACAAAAAAAUUAAAUUAACAAAUAUUAUAAAUAUGAUAAAACAAAAUGAAAACAAAUUACAUAAAUGGAUAGUUUUACAUAAACCAAAAGGAUUAUUAUGUACAUCCAAUGAUGAAAAAAAUAGGAAAUCUAUAUACACACUUUUCCCUGAGGAAAUGUUACAAAAGUAUCGAUUAGUAACAGUAGGGAGACUUGAUAGGAACACCUCGGGAGUACUACUACUCACCAACGAUUAUGCUUGGGUAAACAAAUUAACUCACCCAAAAUAUCAAAGAAUAAGAACCUAUAGAGUACAUAUUGAAGGUCCAGUUAAAAUGAACGCCCUCAAAGAACUAGCCAGAGGUAUCUAUUUAGAAGAAGAUGAAAAAACACAACCAAAAAAAAUAUAUAAUUACAAGGAAUCAAGGGAAAAAUCAAACAUAGAUGACAAAAAGAAAAAAAAAAUGUCAAAAAUGAAAAAAAAAACAAAUCCAGCUUUUAUUGAAAUCCUUAGGGAAGAAAAAAUAAAAAUAAAGGAAGACACCAAAAAAAUUACCGUUCUAAAUAUAAGUAUAAAAGAAGGAAGAAAUAGACAAAUUAGAAAAAUGUUUCAACAAAUUAAUCAACCAGUUAUUAAAAUUAAAAGAACAUCCUUUGAAAAUAUUACACUCAAAAAUAUAUAUUUCCCAAAACAAUAUAGGGAGUUAAAUCAAAAAGAAGUCAAUGAUUUAAAGUUGAGAAAUUUUUAA